GUAUUAACACCCAGGACUCGGUCACAGUCACAAACUGCUCCCAAGGUAUUUGACCAGAAUGUAAACAUUGCUCAGGUUUUUAGCUAAGUCAUUAGUUCAUUUCAGUGCUGAAUCCCGCACACUUGUGACUCGACGAUAAAUGACUGUAUCCGAGAUGGCUCUUCUUUACUGAUUCCGCAUUUGUCAUCUUCCUUUUUUGGCUGUUUGGAGCAUUCAUGUACUGAUCAUGACCAAGGAUAUCGUUGUUGGAGAUGAAUUACCAGACUGGGUGGGAGCUAAGGAGUUUUACCAGAAGUAUGACCCUAAAGAGGUGAUAGGAAGGGGUGUGAGCAGUGUGGUGCGCAGGUGUAUGCACAGACACACAGGUCAGGAGCUGGCAGUGAAGAUCAUUGAGAUCACAGCAGAGAAGAUGACAGCCCAGCAGCUAGAUGAGGUGAAAACCUCCACACUGAAAGAGAUCCAAGUCCUCAACAUGGUGAAGGGACACUCUUCCAUCAUUACGCUCAUUGAUUCCUACGAGUCCACAACGUUCAUAUUUUUAGUGUUUGACCUCAUGAGAAGAGGGGAGCUCUUUGACUACCUCACAGAAAAAGUUACUUUGAGUGAGAAGGAGACCAGGUGUAUAAUGCGAGCUUUGCUGGAGGCUGUGCAAUACCUACACUCCCUGAACAUCGUCCACAGGGAUCUGAAACCUGAGAACAUUCUGCUGGAUGAUCAUGGGCACAUCAAACUGUCUGACUUUGGUUUUUCAGUGCAGCUACAACCUGGAGAGAACCUCAGAGAGCUUUGCGGGACACCUGGUUAUUUGGCACCUGAAAUUUUAAAAUGUUCCAUGGAUGAAAUGCAUCCAGGCUACAGCAAGGAGGUUGACCUGUGGGCAUGUGGGGUCAUCCUCUUCACACUACUGGCCGGUUCACCACCAUUUUGGCAUCGCAAACAGAUGCUGAUGCUCAGGAUGAUCAUGGAGGGCCGCUAUCAGUUCAGCUCACCGGAGUGGGAUGACAGGUCUGACACUGUAAAAGAUCUGAUAUCCAGGCUGUUGGUAGUGGACCCAGCUGCUCGUCUUUCUGCAGAGCAUGCCUUAGCACAUCCCUUCUUCAGACAGUACCAAAAGGAGGAUGUGCGUCUCUUUAGUCCCAGAAAGACAUUCAGGGUGCUGAUAGUGAGCGUGCUCGCCUGCAUCAGGAUGUACAGCCGAUACCGCAGGGCUCGCCCGCUAACACGGGAGGUGCUGGCCAGGGAUCCUUACUCCCUCCGUGGCGUCCGCAAGCUCAUCGAUGGCUGCGCCUUCCGCAUCUACGGUCACUGGGUGAAGAAAGGGGAGCAACAGAACCGAGCAGCCCUCUUUCAGAAUACAGCUAAAAUUGUGCUGCUGGGUCUUGAGGACUUUGAAACCUAGGUCAACCUCAUUCCAUAACAUGUUUGUUUUUGUUUUUGUUUUGUUCAUUUAACCUUAUGCGUGUGCUGCAAUGUGGGUCUUCACCUUGUCAAAUUACUGUUUAAUUCUAAGAUGUGGAUUUCAGGGAUCAAGACAUUUAUAUGCCUUAAUGUGCAAACUGCAGCUAUACAAGUUCAAAAUGCAUGCAGAAUUUAAUUUUCAUUAUCUGUGUGUUGAUCCAAGCUUGUGACUAAACCAUUGCUGUCAGCUCAUCACGUUUGCAUGCACAUUGCACAAUCAUUUGACAAAACUCACUUUAUAAGUACAUUGUGUAUAUUUAGGAUUAUAUUUCAAAUUAGGAGAGUAUGUAUUUUAGUGGAAAAGUUUAGUGAAAGCAUUGUGAUAAGUUAUUUCUACAGACGUUUAAAUAUUCCAUUGACGCUCAGAUGUACGGAUAUUCCAGUGUUACACAUCAGUACUGUAUAACUUGUGCAAAAUAUUAAAGAUAAUUACAGUGUUUUGUGUAUAAUCCUGUAGCUGUCAUGCAUGCAAACUUUCCUCGAGAGGAAACCCACUUACACUGUGAAAACUAACCAACACCAUUCCCCACUCAUUUCAUUUGUGAAUCUAAUGACAAGUUGUUGGGUUUUUUUAAUUAAAAGUGCCUGCUUGUGAAAUGUACAGCAAUUGUACAUAUAAAGAUAAACAUUGUAUUGUAUGUGCAGAUAAAAGUUGUAUUGACGAUUAAUAA